AUGAAAGCUGAUUAUGAAGUGCACAACGCUAUUAUGAUUGCUCGUUGCAUGAUGCAGAUCAAGGCCAAGUUUGAUACUGAUGAAGGUCUUAACUUCAUUCAACAGUAUUACAUCAAUCAAGGACUGAAGACGUUUGGUGAUGAUGGAAAGGAUGCUGUGGAUAAGGAAUUGAGACAAAUGCCCCUGAGAGAUUGUUUCACUCCCGAAUUUGUUAAAGACAUGACCGCGUCUGAGCGAAAGAAGGCCCAAUCAGCGAUGAUGUUACUUGCAGAGAAGCAAUUGGAAAAGACAAUUAAAGGUCGCCUAGUAUUCCGAGGCGAUGGAACUCGUGAAUGGUUAUCGCGAGAGGACACUGCAAGUCCAACUGCUUUGCAGGAAGCAAUCACCACUACUUGUGUUAUUGAUACACACGAAGGUAGAGAUAUAAUGACAAUGGACGUGCCUAAUGCUUUCAUUCAAACUUAUAUGCCUGAAGCUAAGGAAGGAGAAGAUCGUAUAUACAUGAAAAUCACUGCCAUGAUGGUCCAGAUAUUGAUUGACAUGGCCCCAGAGUAUCGCAAAUACGUUGUAUUAGAGAACGGAAAGCGAGUAAUCUAUGUGCGGCAAACUAUCAGGUUUCAUGUUGAGGAUCUUAUGUCAAGUCACAUGGAUCCAAAAGUAAAUGACAAAUUUUCUAAGUGGUUGAACAUGAGAUAUGGUUCAAUCAAGGCAUGCACAAUCAUCAGAGGAAAGAUACACAGAUACCUUGAAAUGACUUUGGAUCUCUCGGUGAAAGGAAAUCUCAAGAUCCGCAUGGACGACUAUGUCAAGAACAUGUUGGAAGAUUUUCCUAUCAAGUUCAACAAGGAUUCAAAGCAGGAAACACCUGCUGGUAACGAUUUACUGGAAGCUGGUAAAGGAAGUUACUCAAUUGUUGUAUCACCUGACACUUCCGCAGAAUCACUACGAGUCAUGAAAUGGAUGAUCGACGGAUCAUUUGCGGUGCAUCCAGAUUUCAAGAGCCACACUGGCGGCACUCUGACCUUUGGAGGAGGUGCAGCUCAAGUGAUGUCAAAGAAGCAAAAGCUAAACAGCAGAAGCAGUACGGAAGCGGAACUGAUUGCUGUUGACAAUGUUGUCACAAUGUUACUAUGGACAAAGUUGUUCAUGAAGUGGCAAGGGUAUCCGAUCAAGAAGAAUAUCUUGUAUCAGGAUAACAAAAGCGCGAUUCUACUGGAAGAGAAUGGUCGCAAGAGCGCGGGCAAAAGAAGCCGAGCUAUCAAUAUUCAUUAUUUCUUUAUCACAGAUCAAGUUGAGAAAGGAAAUGUUAAGAUCGAAUACUGUCCAACUGACAAUAUGAUUGCGGAUUUCAUGACUAAGCCAUUGCAAGGUGAGAAGUUUCGCAAGUUCAGGGAUCCACAGGACUAG